AUGCGUGGCCUUUUACUCGUCAACAACAAAAAUCAAGGAUUAUUGAAACGGGAGCUUUGUUCACAUAGUGACACCGCUUCCACUUCUUCUGGAGUCUUUUCCGACUCAUCGUCAGGAAUUUUCACUGAAGAUAAACCAUCAACCUCAAAUCCUAGCUCACCAGCUUCAAAAUCUCUUCAUUGUUCGAGGAAAUUUUGUCAAAGCAUCACCGUUUUGAGCGAGAUCACCUAUCACUUCUUGCCGAUUAUUUCAAUAUUUCGAACAGCUGAAUCAUUAAAGGACUCAUAUAAAUCUUUAAAUUCUGAUGGAUCAACCAUUCUUUUUGAGAGUCUCAGCUGUGAUUUUCUGCUGAUUGUGAUCACGGAAGGUGAUGAAACGGUGGCUCACAUGCCGAUUAAAAGAGAUACAAAUGGCUAUCGAGCAGCCGCUUACUACUCAAAAGACACUCAAAAGAUGAUCCCAAUGCUGAAAACGUUGAGUGAACGAAUCUCGGAGACUCUAGGCGCCAAUCGUGAUGGGAAUUCCCGAUUCAGCUGCCUUCUCGUUUCCCAUGGAGAGCUUCUCUGCUCGGUGAACUCGACGUCUGAUGAGAAGAAAAUUUGGAAACAUUUCGAUACAACUGAUAUCAAUUCGUUGAAGAGGUUUUUGAAACUACAUCCAAUCACUGCGAAUACUCAAGUGAACCAGCUAUGGCUUCGCUCGAAGAACUCCGAGACGCCAUUUUAUGCAGAUGUGAUGAGAUAUAAACUCAUGGAUGAGCUCGAAAUCGUUUUCGUUUGUGCGGUCUCCGGUUGUGCUUUGAUCAGAAUGGGUGCCGAAGUGCUUGAUCAGCUCGACAAUUUGAUCUAUGAGAAUUCGGAUACUUUGAAAACUUGUAUUAUGCUGAAGAAGUUGUGCACGGUGCUGAGAAGUACAACGGCGAGAUCUCAUUGUCGAACGCCGACUGCAUUCCUGAGAAAUCCUCCGAAAACUGCUGAUUUCAUUGAAGUUGUUUGGGAACGGAUUCUGAAUGAGAUCAGAAAUUUAUCGAAUGAAACAAAUCAAAACACAGCCACCAGUGGAUCGAGAUCAAGAAGUUUAAGUCUUUUAUCGAUGAAGUCCGCCUUUUCGAUUCUUUCGAUGAGCACAUCGAUGGAGACAUGCUGUGGAAAGGAAAAACUUCUACCACCAAAGCUCGAGACGAUCAUCCGGUAUUUGAGACGCCAAAUCUUGAGUCUUGUCCAAGAGUUGUGUAGCAGUGCACAGGCGGACGCGAUUUCUGAGCGACUACCAACAGCUCAUGCCAUUGUUGCAAGGAGUCUUACGGGCAUUCUCAAACCAGGAGAUUCACACCAAAGGAUCUUAUGCUUCGGGAAUUCAGACGAGCACAUGGGAUUCAGAGCCCCCCAACUGCACCGACACUUU